AUAGGGCUGUUCAUAUCUGCUAUUUUUAAACCGAUCUCGUUUUCCUGCGACCUCCUUUCCAAAUCGACCUGUGGCGUUGAUAGUGGUUUUGAGAAGUAACAUCUACCCUUUGGACUGACCAUGGUGGAAGGACUUCCAUGGACUGACCAGCUGAGGUUUGGGUGAAGGCCUAUAAUGUUGAACUGUACGUUCUAAAUUCUGCAGUCAGGGGUAAUCUCAUUUCAAGAUGGCGACGUCCACGAAUGCAAAACCGAAGGCCCCCGUCCCGCCAGUGCAGAUUCCCAAACCAGUGAAAUUCCUCUAUGGAGGUCUAGCUGGGAUGGGGGCCACUGUCUUUGUGCAACCUUUAGAUCUGGUGAAGAAUCGCAUGCAAAUGAGUGGCGAGGGCGGUGCAUCCAGACAGUACAAAACCAGCGGUCAUGCCAUCAGAGCAAUCAUAACCAAUGAAGGAUUCUUGGGCAUGUACAAUGGGUUGUCAGCAGGUCUGCUCCGUCAAGCCACCUACACAACCACCAGGCUGGGGAUCUACACCACCCUGUUUGACAUGGUGUCCGGGCCUGACGGAAAACCACCAAACUUCUUCAUGAAGGCAGUAAUAGGUUUGACGGCUGGAGCAACGGGGGCUUUUGUCGGGACUCCAGCCGAAAUCUCCCUCAUUAGAAUGACAUCCGAUGGCAGGUUACCUGCCAAUGAGAGAAGAGGUUACACCAGUGUGUUCAACGCGUUGGCUAGGAUAACAAGGGAAGAAGGCCUUGUAACACUAUGGAGGGGUUGCGGUCCCACCAUAGCCAGAGCCAUGGUGGUCAACGCAGCGCAGCUUGCUUCUUACUCCCAAGCCAAGCAAUUUCUCCUGGGCACAGGUUACUUCCAAGAUAACAUACUGUGCCACUUUGGAGCAAGCAUGAUCAGUGGUCUAGUCACAACCAUCGCAUCGAUGCCGGUAGAUAUUGCAAAAACAAGAAUUCAGAACAUGAGGAUUAUAGACGGCAAACCAGAGUAUUCCGGUGCUAUUGACGUGUUAAGAAGGACCAUCGGCAAGGAGGGUUUCUUCAGUCUCUGGAAGGGGUUCACGCCCUACUACACCCGCCUGGGCCCCCACACCGUCCUCACCUUCAUCUUCCUGGAACAGCUCAACAGGCUCUAUCGGGUCAACUUUGCCAAGAGCAAAGAGUGAAGGACAGGAAGGAGACUGAAAUCUGCGGAGUUCUCUCUGCUGUCCCCCCCCCAACUCACUUCACAUCCACAGUUUUUAGAACAGACCCGAGGGCGCCGUAUUUAUUUUUUAGAGUGGACUCAAUGGAGGUAACCCGGUGAAUGGCAAGGGUUUAGGAUACACAUGUAGAGAGGCUGAUGGUAAUAGAUAUAUUUGCGAAUGAUGUGACACUCGCCCACAUAAAUCCCACCCGACUGUUUCCAGUCAGCCAGCUUGCUUGUCAGUCUUGGAGAAAAAAAUGCUUUCCCCAGCAUUCAGCCCACUCUGCUGAUUAAUUAAAUUCUUGAUUUUCAUUAUAGACACGUCCUUUUGGGAAGUUGGGGGAGUAAAUUAACCUUUUUGGGGGUGUUAGAUUCUGGGCAUUAGGUCCUUUAAAGUUUAUUGUUAGUUUAUCAUCCCCAUAUGCAUUAUACUCGCUGGCCACGUGGAUGAAAAAUAGUUUUGUUUCCAUUAUAGUCUUUGUUUGAUCCAGUUAAACUGAAUCCAACGGCAGGUUUGAUAUUCGAGGGUAUUUUACUUUUCCUGCGUUGUCUGAAUUAGUACCGAGUCUGAACUAUAUAAUGCAUAUUCUGUCCUGUUUUACCUUUAUACUUGUAGCAUUUUUAAUGGGCUAAGUUGAUGUAAGCGAGUUGGUGACCAUUUAGUGAGUGGUUGAAAGCAGCGUAAUCGAAUGAAUGGCUGAUGUUUUUGAAAAGUGCUAUACAUAUCUGAAAAGAUGGCCUAAUCAUUUCAAAUACAAGACUCACCGGAUGAUUCAAGUUGGUAAGCUUUUGCAGUGUCGGAUCAAGAGAUGUAUGUGCUUUGAUCUGAUUGGCUCAUUGUGUCUGUUUGCAAUGUACGCAACCUGUGAUUGGCUGACGAGAAAAAUAUCAAGUUUCAUUGGUCCUAGAGCCCAAAUGAUAGAAUUAGUGUUCCCGAAUACUCCUUUGGCUGACGUGUAACAUUUCCAGUGUGUGCUGAUUUGUGAAGUGGUUAACGGUAAACAGAUUCAACCUUGGUAACCAAUCAAAGGAUAUUUUUCUUGAAAGAGUUUUCCGGAUUGGCUAAGCUAGAUGCUUGAAAUUUACAAAGGUCCUCUUUGGUCCAAAAUUAAUGAUCUGAAAUAUGUAUCAGCCCAUCUGAGUAAUUUUACUCCUUGUCUCAAAACAGAAGGCCAGUUAUUACCUGAAAUUACUGGAAACUGCCUAUUUGCAAUAUAAAAACAAACAUCCGUGAACUUCAGUGGGUCUUGGCUUAUAGUUUUGAAAGUUGAUUUUUCAGCUAGGGUUUGUAAGAAUAGUCGAUUUCUCAUCUAGAUUUUACGCAGUUGCUCAGGAGAAUUCGAUAUGCACAAUAGUAGGUCAUUUGUUCAAUGAACAAAGAUGAGCAUUGGGCAUUUCUUGGUGUGCAAAUUUGCCACACAUUUCAAAUGAUGAAACUUGCCUCGGGGUUUGAAUGAAGAAACAGCAAUUCUGUUCUGGUCAACACAGAUUCAUUGGUUGCAGUGAAUUGAGGUUAAAAUUUUAUAUUCCCUUGACUUGUAUUAUUUACAAGAUCCAUGCCCAAAAUGCCAUUAAUCAAAGUUUUCACAUCUACGCUAAGGGUGUAAAUUUGAUUGCAGUCUUUAACUUUAAUUUGUUAUUUGCUGUUGAAGGUUUGGGUCCAUAAUAGGGGGGGUGUCAUUGCAUGCUACAAUAUCUUUACAGUUGUUAAUUUCUUUAAAGUUUGGAAAAGUAUUUUAUAUGUCUUAAUUAUAAUUAUGUGAAAUAUUCCUCCACUCGUGAAGAUUAUGUUUGUGAUUUAUUGAUGCAAAUGUUUGUCACAAAGCAUCCUCUUUCGUUAAAGCCGCUGGUUGUUUAUUCAGAGUCAACAGGUUUGAAGGUUAAACUUUCACUAAAUCCUGGAAAUAAUCUCUGCAAGGGGGCGACAUACAAUUUAGCAUGGAUUUCUUCAGUACUGAUUAAUUAUUCUCUGAACAGCAGAUUUUUUGUUAAUUCCUUUUUUAGUUCAUGUUUAGUUUCCUUUGUUUGUGGUUUCAGAAUACAGACUAAAUGUAAUGAAACCAGUUUGUUUUACUGAUGAAUUUCCAGUUUUAUUAGCAAGAGCUAUUAGU